AGGGAACAUGGGGAAUGUGUGCGAAUGAUUAGUAAGAAAUGAAAACGUUUUAACACAGAAGACAUCCCUAUCAGAAGAUAUCCCUACUUAAGCAGUAGUGUAUGCUCUGAUGUCAUCCUUUCUGUUGAGAGAUAACGCACGGGGCGAGUUUCUAGUUCAGAUCGUCGUCAACGACAGGAAGACCAACAAUGAGCGGAAACAGGUUUUUGGAUCGUUUGACCUCCGGGGAGACAAUCCUGGUGGCGGAGGGAUACAUGUGGGAAUUCGAUAGGCGUGGUUAUCUUCAACGUGGAAGCAAUGCACCUGAGGUAGUGGUGGAACAUCCGGAUCUUGUAAAAGCAAUGCACCAGGAAUUUGUACAUGCAGGAAGUGACGUUGUAUUAGCUUUCACAUAUUGUGCACACCGUGAGAAACUGAAAUCAAUCAACAGGGAAGAUGACGUUGAGAAACUGAAUCGCCAAGCGUUACAAAUAGCCAAGGAAGUGGCCAAGGAGACAGGUGCGCUCCUGGCUGGGGGGAUUUGCCACACACGGGUUUACGAUGAAAAGGAUCCUGUCGCCGUGGAGAAAUGUCGGCAGAUGUUUAAGGAAAUGAUUGAAUGGGCUGUUGAGGCAGGAGUUGAUUAUAUUACCGGGGAGACAUUUGACAUCCUGAGUGAGGCGUUGUUGGCAGUAGAUUGUAUUCAGAAGUAUGGCAAAGGUGUACCAGCCGUCAUUACAUUCGCCCCGUACUGUCCCGAUGAAACGGUAGAUGGCGUUCCAAUACCGGAAGCAUGUCGCCGAUUAGAGGAUGCUGGGGCGGCAGUAGUUGGGGUUAAUUGUGCACGUGGUCCUAAAACGAUGAUUCCUCUACUGAAAGAUAUCCGUAAAGCGUGCAAGGGACCGAUAGCCGCCCUACCUGUACCGUUCCGUUGUCAAGAUCAUUGCCGGACAUUCUAUUCAAUCAAAGAUGAAGAGACAGGGGAUUUUCUAUAUCCACGAAAUAUGGAAAGUGCCAGAUGCAAUUCGAAGGAUAUUAUUCAAUUUGCUAAAGAGGCAAAAGAAAUAGGUGUUCAGUAUUUAGGGUUAUGUUGUGGGAACACUGCUGGCCAGAUGAGGGAUCUGGCAGAGACGCUGGGACGAAAGCCUCCCGCCAGCCGCUACUCUAUGGAUAUGUCGCAGUCGGCCAUACAGGGAACAAAUGCUGACAAAAUUAGCCCAACAGCAAUGAAAACCCGCCUCUAUAUGUUUGGGAAAUCCGACUAUACUCAAAAGAACUAACAUAUAACGCACAUUUGUCGUGCUAUACAUCAGCAUGCUUAGUUUUUGUAAUAACUAUGUUUAAUCUCUGAGAAAGAUGUCAGGAAUACGAGGUUAAUAUUUUGCAGUGUAAACAUAUGAGAUUCAGUAUGGCUUUGUCUGUGUGGUGUGACAAUGCUUUUGGUUCCAUUCAUAUAGAAUGUCAACCAAUUCUUAUUUACCAUCAUCUCAUAAUAGUCGGAGUUAUACGGAAAUAAAUGAUGUUUAUUAUAAUA